AAUGUCCAUCGAGCUAUGUUUGUGCAGGUUUAUCAAAUCAAGACUUGGUACUACGGUAGUAACAGUCCUCAUUCGUACAAAGUAGGAAGAACGUAUGAUCCUGGAGAAUGGUAUUUUAUACACAGUCAACUGUCAAGACUAUUUUUUUUCGACGUGUGUGAGUUUGUCCCUUAUUUCAAGGCUUUUGGGCUCCGACUGAGGAUUGCCCAACAGGAGGAAUCUGAAUCAUCUGAUGAUGACAGCUAUGUCCCUUAUGUUCCCGUCAAGCAGAGGAAGAAAAAACAGCUAGAGCAUUUUGAAAAGCAUCUAGGACGAGCAGCCAUUUUGAAGGCUGAGGAAGAAAAUGCCAAACUGAGCACUACUGAUGAAGAUGAUGGUAAAGAUGCAGAGGAGGUCGAAAGCCUGGGACCGAAAUAUCACAUUAGCUUGCUGGAUCAGCACAGUGAAUUGAAGAAAAAAGCAGAAGCUAGGAAGGAAACAACCAGAGAAAAACUACUAAAAGAAGAAGAAAAGAUUUUGGAGAGUGUUGCUCAAAAGAAAGCACUGAUGGGUGUGGCCGAGUUGGCAAAAGGCAUUUCCUACACUGAUCCUAUCAAGACAGGGUGGACACCACCUCACUAUAUCCUGUCUAUGGCUGACAGCCGUCACGACAGGAUUAGGAAGAAGAUGCACAUACUUGUGGAAGGAGACGAUCUUCCACCGCCAAUUAAGACAUUCCGAGAGAUGAAGUUUCCAAAACCCAUUCUCAACGGCUUGAAGAAGAAGGGAAUUGUUAAUCCAACUCCUAUUCAGAUCCAAGGUUUACCGGCAGUGUUGUCUGGUCGAGAUAUAAUUGGAAUAGCUUUCACUGGAUCAGGAAAGACACUAGUGUUCACCCUACCCAUCAUCAUGUUUUGUCUUGAGCAGGAAAAGAGGUUACCCUUUGAAAAGGGGGAGGGUCCAUAUGGACUCAUCAUUUGUCCCUCCAGAGAACUGGCCAAGCAGACAUUUGAGAUCAUCACCUUCUACUCCAAACAGCUGGAAAAUGACGGCAGUCCGGCGCUGAGGAUCGUCCUGUGUAUGGGAGGAAUGUCCGUCAAAGAACAACUUGAAAUCAUCAAACGGGGUGUCCACAUCAUGGUAGCAACGCCAGGUCGCUUGAUGGACAUGCUUGAUAAGAAGAUGUUUAACCUCAACGUCUGCCGCUACUUGUGUAUCGAUGAGGCUGACAGGAUGAUCGACUUGGGCUUUGAAGAAGACGUCAGGACAAUAUUUUCAUAUUUUAGGGGUCAGAGACAGACACUGCUGUUUUCGGCCACCAUGCCCAAGAAGAUUCAAAACUUUGCACGCAGUGCCCUCGUGAAGCCGGUCACAGUGAACGUGGGGCGGGCGGGAGCGGCCAGCAUGGAUGUCAUCCAGGAGGUGGAGUGGGUCAAACAGGAGGCAAAGAUGGUUUACAUUCUCGAAUGUCUGCAAAAAACUUCGCCUUCGGUUUUGGUGUUUGCUGAGAAGAAACAGGAUGUGGAUGCCAUUCAUGAAUAUUUACUUCUUAAGGGGGUCGAAGCUGUUGCUAUUCAUGGAGGGAAAGAUCAAGAGGAAAGAAGUCGAUCAAUAGAACAGUUUCGAAAAGGGGAGAAAGAUGUCCUCGUUGCUACAGAUGUGGCCUCCAAGGGUUUAGAUUUCCCUGAUAUUCAACAUGUUAUAAACUAUGACAUGCCUGAAGAUAUUGAAAACUAUGUUCACAGAAUUGGUCGUACAGGACGUUGUGGGAGGACAGGUUUGGCCACAACAUUUAUUAACAAGUCUCUUGACGAUUCGAUUCUUUUGGAUCUGAAACACUUGCUGAUAGAAGCUAAGCAGAAAAUCCCUCUAUGUCUUGCUCAGCUACAGUCGGAGAGUGAGAAAUACCUCGAGAUUGAUGGAGAAGUUGGUUGUUCUUACUGUGAUGGACUUGGUCAUCGUAUUGCUGACUGUCCCAAGUUGGAGGCAAUGCAGAUAAAACAGGCCCAGGGUAUUGGCCGCAGGGACUACCUGGCCCACAGUAGUGCAGACUGGUAAACCAUGCAGAAGUGUUGAUCUAUGCACUGAUGAAUCAAGACGAGAACACUUCGACAAUGUUUCAGCUCAGCGUCAAUACAGUUUACAAUAGAUAUAUUUGGAUGUGUCUAUUUAUAAAGACAUGAAUUUGGUACAAAACAUUUAAGUCUCAUUUCACCUUGUUCGAACAGGCCCAGGGUAUUGUCCGCAGGGACUAUCUGGUCCACAGUAAUGCAGAUUGGUAAACCAAGUGUUGAUGUGUUGACUGAUGAAUUGAUUAGAGGAAGGUUUACCAGUUUUCCAUUGGAGUCAAUAUGUUGUUUAUUUAACUGCAUACGUCCAUGUACAAAACAUUUAAUCUCAUUUUACCAUGGACAAACAGGCCCAGGGUAUCACCGCAGGGACUAUCUAGCCCACAGCAAUAUCACAGCAGUGCCGAUUGGUAAACCGCAAAGAAGUGUUACUGUAUUGACUGAUGAAUUGAGAAGAGGAAACUUCCACAAUGAUUCAGCUCAGCGUCAACAUGCAGUUUACAAUAGAUAUAUUAGAAUAUGUCCGUUUAACAGUAUACAUCCAUAAAGAUAUGAAUUUGGUACAAAACCUAUUUACUGUGGACAGUUAAAUAUCUGUUCAUUCAAUAUCAAAUUGGGAUCAGGCGCAAAACACGAUAUAAACCAUUUUCUUUCUAGUUUUUAGUUAAAGCCAUUAUUGUAUGUCAGUAAGGGCUAAUCGUAGGCCCGCUGUUUUGCUGCAAAACGUGAUUGAUCCUUAUGAAAUUGUAUUCGGUAAAUCCCAUUUUAAAAAAAUCGAAACGCGAUAUACGCCAAUUAAAACAAUCACUUUUACUGAAAAUUAAAAAUGGAUACAUCGCGUUUUGCACCUAAACUCUUCAAUUAUUUUAUACAUCAAGCAGUUUGUCACUGCUACUUUUAAUCGAACUUUGGAAUGAUUUGUGCUGGACACAUAUUAGGUGCUGAAUUUGUGAUGAUUUUUUUUUUUAUUGGGUGCCUGACAACUGGAAUUCAACUGUUAGCUUAAACUCAUUCGUGCUGGACACAAAUUAGGUGCUGAAUUUUCGUAAAUUUGUAACUAUUUUUAAUUUGGUGGCCUAGACUUGCUAGAAACGAUUCACGAGUCAGGUAAAGCAUUGUGUAUGUCGGACUGUAUAUGAUUUAAGUUUUUAUGCAGAACUGGACAUCUUGACAAAUUUGAAACAUCAAUAUUAUGACUCUGACGGUACCUAAAUUUAGUUUGUAGCACUUCAUUCCAGCCAAACUGAUGGCUACUGAAAUUGGGGUACAUUUUGUUCAGCAGUGUGUCGUGAUUUUCUGUGAAAGUUUUACGAUCAGUCCACAAUACUAAAACAUAAAUAAUAGCUGCUGGUCACCAAUUUUCAAAUAAGUCGACAUUUUGUUAACAUGA